AUGGGUGGUUGUGCAGCAGUUUUACAGUUAUGGGUUGUGCAACACAUAAGUUUGUAUAAUAUUGGUGGUAGGAGCAUUUAUCCUCCAAUACUUGAUUGGGUUAUCAUUAAAGAUAAAGGGAAAAGAAUUAAAUCAACUUUUCAGCUCAGUGAGAUAUUAUGGGAGACAAAUGAGGAAAUCAAGGAAUCCCUUCCUUCUGGGGAGACAAAAUCUAAUUUUAAUAAUGACAAAUCUGACUUUGGUAGAGUUGUGGAAAAGCAAAGGCUCUUGAGGAGAACGGUGGAUAAUCAUGCGCAACGCAUUCUACAGUUAGAAAGAAGUAUAAAACGUCUAGAAGAAGAGGAUUUGAAUGAGAUACCAUCUUUUAAUGAUGGUAUGGAGGGAGCUUCGACAGAUGACAAAGGAAGAGAUUUAGUCAUUGCGAAUUUUGUGGAUGGGGGCAUUCAUGCACCUUCCACAAAUGAGAACACUGAUUUUUCAAUUGUUUACAGAACUUGCACUUCAAUGCUUUGUGAUGAUGGUGUUGUAGUACUUGUAGAGGUGUCAAACAACAUGUUGACCUGUACAGACUUACAAUGCUUAAAACCGCGUGCAAAAAUUGAUAACAUGGUUAUGUUGUUUGCCACAGGGAUGAUUGUGUAUAAUGAGUUGCACAUAGCAGGAAUGAUUAGUCACUGUUUUUUCAAUCCUUUUUUUGCGACAAUGGUCAUGGAAAGGCUGAAGAUUCCUAAGAAAAAGCGAGAACAGUUGACACAAACUGAUUACCAUCACUGGUUCCAACCACAAUCAUUUGCAUUGAAUGUUUUGUUAAGAGCUCAAUUUUUGUUUGUGCCUACCGUUGGUGAUGANCAUUGGUGGUGCUAUGCUGUGAAUUGUCAAUCAAGGGAAUUGUUCAUUUUGGAUCCCCUUGGUUGCACUUUGCAAGAAUUAUUCAAUAUGAUUGACAUAGACUCAAACUAUAAGGAGCAGGAAUUGAACGUGAUUGAAGAAGAUUUGCCAGUGCAACCAAAUACGUAUGAUUGUGGUAUGUUGGUGAUUAAAUAUAUGGAAUUAUGGGACCACACACCAAAAUUUGAUGGGAAUAAAAUACCCGAUUAUACAACGGAUCAAUUACAAGUUCUAGGAAAACAGAUGGUUUGUGAGUGGACAUUACACAAAGAUAAUGUUCAUCGGAGUCUGGUAUUGAAGAAAUGUGGGAUGGUUUAG